AUGACAGCAUCAUUGAAACUGCCACUACGCCUUUCAGUUUCGAAAGGAAAGGAUGAUGACUCACUCCAGUCUCGUAUCUUCCAAAUAAAUUCUCAAAAAGGAGCGUUUCGGAAUAUCACGGAAGCUUCGCUAAGAGAAGACAUCAGAUCCGGAAAGCGGCAAGAUGGAGAAGACACCCGCAUGGCGGGAGUCGAGGAUUCGGAAGCAGAACAACCAGAAAACCAAUAUGAAAUGAUCAUCAAGAGACGUGAAGAGAUGAUGCAGCAGCUAAGACGGGCGCAGAACGACACGUUGAUGUCCCUGGACUUCAUCUCACUUCUUCUGUCUAAAGUUGCACCCAACACCGCAAAGUCCACAAUGUCUCCCACUCUGCAGGACGCAGUGCCCAUUGGGACACUAGACGCACGAAUUAUGAAAUACACAGCUCCUACUGCUUCUGACUCGAGAUCAGCAGAGCUUGUAUCUCGAGCCUACAAGCUGCAAGGUUUUAGUGAUGUGGCGGAUAAAAUCCUGGGAGCAGCUUCCAGGCUUGAGGAUGAAGCGGCCAAAGAGCAGCAGUACUGGGACCAGAUUCUUUCCAUCAAGCGGAAGGGUUGGGCCAUCAGUAAGGUCCCGCGAGAUCCUCGGACCCUGGGCGUACAUUUCGGUUUUCGAGAUGCCGCACCGUUUUUCCGCAACCGUGGCUUUGCUGCGUUGAGAAGGGAUGCCGAUGGCGGCUUGCGACUCGACCAGGGCGCUGUACCAUCUCGACCGGUGGCGGUUCAAAUGUCGGUCUUACGGAACGAUAGGAAUUGUGGCUCCUCAGCCAUCUCCCGCUCUCACAUGGCUACCAAGGAAGCAAUUGACGAACAAAUCCUGCAAGCUCGCGAUACCCUGUACGAAGAGGAAUUAUUCUUUGAACUUGGCCGCGAAGCUCGCUCGCUCGCAAAUCAGGGUGCCACCAUGUCAUCGAAACAGAUCAAAAUGCCAGUAGACGAACAAACUCAACUCCAAAUCGACCUCAUCAACUCGGACCAUCACAGCUCCAGCAAUACUGCUGUCGGUCCAGACCAGCAAUUAGCAGACGGCAUCGCCAUUACCCUGCGAAUCCUCCUCUCGCACGCACAUGAACAAAACCUGCAGCGACGCUCCCAACCACCGCCGCCCAUGACCCUCAAAUCGCGACCAAUCCCAGAAUACGCUCUCCUCCGACCAAUCAUUGCCCACCUACAACAUCGAAACCACGUAAAAUCCUUGACCAUUUUCCUUCAAACCAUCACCCAACCCCUCAAAUCAGCAGGAACGCGAUGUGAUCUUCAAUCCACCACCUCCCCUCUUGACACCCUCAUGCUAGUCUCCUCCUCCUCCUCCUCCUCCUCCUCCUCCCCUAGCAGCACCACCCUCACGCCCAACGCCAUGCUGCAAACCCUCACCCGCCCUCUCACCACAACUCUAACCCUCCACCUCCCCACCCCCAACCACUCCCUUAACCUGACCAUCUCCACCAACCUCAACCCCCCCCUCCUCGGGACAGAAUACUCCUUCUCGCCCCAAACCCUAACCCACCCCUCCUCUCCCUCCUCUACACCCCUCACCCUCCCCAGCCUCUGCAAUCUUGGCGAAGUCGAAAUCCUAGUGCGGAGGGUAUUGACCAUCGAUCUCGUCGAGUUCAUCGCCUCGCACUGCACCGCCACCGCCGCAGCCGCUGUCGAGCGACGCGGGAAGAGAGAAGAGGAGGAGGAUCCGAUCGCCGGUAUGAUGGGGAUUGAGAAGAGGCAUGAGGCUGGCGCUGGGACAAGCAUAGAGGAAGAGAGGUGGGCGCCACUAGAUCCUUACGAAGGUGCUCUGGCGCGAGGGAAGGAGAGGCUGUACAUUCGCGUCUGGAAUGAUCGGUUGGGGAUGAGGUAUUUGAAGACUGUGGAUGCGGAUAGGUAUGGAAAGGGGAGGGGGAGGGAUAUGACGGCUUAUCUCUGGGAUGGGAGUGAGAAGAUGGAGGUUGGUGAUGUGAGAGGGGGGAAGAGGAGGGUGGAGAGGAGGAGCUUGUCUGAUAUUGUCAAAGAGGCAGGAGAGGAGUAA